GAUGAUGUUUUCACUGAGACAAAAAACGACCGGAAAUUGGUUUUUGAGCCACCAAGCGCCCCUUGGAGGAACAAACCUUUUGAACAAACCAAGUGUAAGAGCAAACAAACAGCCAGCAGCAUCGAGACAUCUGCUGACAAGGGACACUGAAGUCUGGUAUGAGAUAUGGAGUGUAAGCUGGCUGAGUUCAGAGAACGAAAGAAAGCACAGACUGCAGCCGAGAAACCUGCUGAUCGUUUGAUCCAGAGAGAAACGAGAGCAAGAAGCGAUGGUUCUCCAGAUCAGAAGCCAGAUACCUGUCCACACAUUGAGGAUCCCAGUCAUUAUUUGUUGAACACUACAUGUGUUCGUUGGCUUCAGCGAGUGGCCCUCACCCGUCUGACCCUGCUCAAAGUGCUGCUGUGGCUCGUGCUGCUGGGACUGUUUUCAGAACUUGAGUUCGGCCUGCCCUUUUUUGUUAUAUCGUUAUUCUACUGGCUCUAUGAGGGCCUUCGAAGCCCAAAAGCCCGACAACCUGGAGAAAUGAGUGCGUACUCCGUGUUUAAUCCAGAUUGUCAGCCCAUCCUGGGAACUUUAACAGCCGAACAGCUGGAAGGAGAGAUGGGAUACAGGCCAGCGGCCAAUGGAUGAACAUGUGUGACAUGAAGCAAACUUUGCAACAAGGAAAACAGUCUAAAUCUAGAUCUGUAAAGUGCACUUGGAAAACUUGUUUGCAUUAUAUUAAUGUAUCUUAGUAAUGAUCAGUUAACCUGUAUUCAGAUGUAAUAAAAUUAUGUUGUUGA